CUGGAGACGGCUCUGAUGUCUGUGGGCUGGAACAGAAAGCUGACUUCAUAGGGUUCCACAAGGUAGAUGGCCACCGUGGACCAUAUGUGAGAGAUAAAGGCAAGCACUGUGUACCUCAUUGAAGGAAAUUCCAAGAAACAGUGACUAAUUUUAAUCAAGCUGGUGAAGAUGGCAGAGUUUAUUGGAGCUGGAGGAGUCACACAGGAGAGUGACCCUACACUAGAACUCUCAUCACAUAAACAAAAUCAAGCAGACUUGGAGCACCGUCAUAAGUAUCCACUAGUACACCACCAAUUACCAGAAGAGCACCAUCAACAAUUUAUAGAACCCCACCUGCUGCUAGAACAAAACCAUCAGUCACUAGAACAUCAUCAUCCACUAGAAGAGUGCCAACAGCAACCAAAAGAGCACCACCAGGCACUAGAACAGCACAACCAGCCACUAGAACAGCAUCAUCAACCUCAUGACGAACACUCUGCACCAGAUCAAAACCAGCCACAAGACAAUCAUCACCACCCACCAAAAGAAUACCACCAGUCACCAGAAAAGCACCAACCAUCAGAAGAGCACCACCAACCACCAGAAGAUAACCACCAGGCACCCAAAGAGCAUCACCAGUCACCAGAAAAAUGCCACCAUUCACCAGAAGAGCAUCACCAGUUACUAAAACAGCCCCAACCACAAGAACUCUCACAACCACAAGAAAUGCAAAACCACCAACCAUCAAAUCAGGAAGAUCAACCACCAAAACAUCACCAGCUAUUACAGCAGCACCAGCACCAAACACAUGACCAAACCAAACAUAUGCACAAACACCACCAAACACAUUCACUGCAGCAUCAUUUAAUUUCACAUACACCAGUGGAGCAACAACUGAAACCAGAACAACAGCAGUCCCAAAUACCAAAACAGGUGCUGUUACUAGAAGUCCUGGAAUACAAGGAGUCACCCAAACAACAAUGCACAGAACAGCAGGAGCACACAGAAAAACAGAAUCAAGCAGCCAAGAAGCAGAGGUGCGAGUUGCAGAAACAGUUAUCAAAGAUAAAUGAAGGUUCUCAACAGUCAAAUAUGCAGCAGAACAAAACUGAAGAACAGACAAAUAAGCAACCAUUGAAACAGAAUGUGCAACAAAUUAAAAAGCACAAAAAGAACUUAGUUGGUGAGAACCUGGAACGUAUCAACUACCUUGUUCAGGUAUCACAGGCAGUGGCCACAAUGGAGAUCAGAGCCUCCAAGCCAUCCCAUGUUUCUGGUAACCACAUAAUUGCAUCACAAACAGGUGCAUUGGCAGCAGCCAUUGGUCGGCGAUGUGUUAUGCGACUGUCACCAGCACUCAAGCGAACUUUAUGUAAAGGGUGUGGAAUAGCGUUAGUGUAUGGUGUAAAUGCUAAAGUUCGUCUUAGAUCACAACGACAAAAGCACCUAGUGGUUACAUGUCUUACAUGCCAUACUAUUAAGAGAUUUGUCAGCAAUCCCAAAUAUAAACUUUGGUGUGAACAGGAAGAGGCCAUCAUAUAAACAAUAAUAUGCAAGUCAUUCUAUUUCCAUGAGUUAAACACAGGAGACUGGAUGGAGCACAUUUCUGAUACCCAUGGAGCCGGUUGCUGUGAAUUUAGUACUGGAGACAGCUCUGAUGUCUGAGGGCUGGAAGAGAAAGCCAACUUCAUAGGGUUCCAUAGGGUAGAUGGAAACCGUGGACCGUAUGCAAGAGAGGAAAGCAAGCACUGUGCGCCCGACCUGAGGAAAUUCCAAGGCAUGGGUGAAGGGUUACUUUGAACUCUGCUAGGCACUCCGGAAAAUUCCACACUUGUGGGACUGCAGAUGUUAUUCAGAAAAUUGGUACGAAGACCCAUGUGUUUUGAAGUGGUUUGGGAACUGUCACACUCCACCAGCCUGUGUAAAUUGUCUACUGCCAUUUUCUGAACCAGGGAGAGAUUACUGAACCUAGCUAGUAGGACAGGCUUAGUAAGUCCCUCUUUAGGGAUAAGCUUAAUAAGCUCCUCUUGAGAGAUCAGCUUAUUCAAUACAGGCUGACUGACAGGCUGAGUGAGUUCCACCUGAGGAGACUCAUCAUGCACCAACUGGGUCUUGGGAGGUUCAAUACUCGCCAACUGGAUCUUGGGAGAGUCACCACUUACCAGUUGGGUCUUGGGAGGUUCACUCACCAACUGGGUCUUGAGAGAGUCAUCACACAUCAGCUGGGUCUUGGGAGGUUCAUCACUCACCGUCUGGAUCUCAGGAGACUCAUGACUCACCAGCUGGGUCUUUGGAGGUUCAUCACCCACAAACUGGGUCUUGAGAGAGUCAUCACACAUCAGCUGGGUCUUGGGAGGUUCAUCACUCACCGUCUGGAUCUCAGGAGACUCAUGACUCACCAACUGGGUCUUGGGAGGCUCAUCACUCACCAACUGGGUCUUGGGAGACUCAUCACUCACCAAAUGGGUCUUGGGAGACUCAUCACUCACCAAAUGGGUCUUGGGAGACUCAUCACUCCCCAAAUGGGUCUUGAGAGAGUCAUCACACAUCAGCUGGGUCUUGGGAGGUUCAUCACUCACCGUCUGGAUCUCAGGAGACUCAUCACUCACCAGCUGGGUCUUUGGAGGUUCAUCACCCAGCAACUGGGUCUUGAGAGUCAACACUCAUCAGCUGGGUCUUGGGAGGUUCAUCACUCACCGUCUGGAUCUCAGGAGACUCAUGACUCACCAACUGGGUCUUGGGAGGUUUAUCACUCACCAGCUGUGUCUUGGGAGACUCAUCACUCACCAAAUGGGUCUUGGGAGACUCAUCACUCACCAACUGGGUCUUGGGAGACUCAUCACUCACCAAAUGGGUCUUGGGAGACUCAUCACUCACCAAAUGGGUCUUGGGAGACUCAUCACUCACCAACUGGGUCUUGGGAGACUCAUCACUCACCAAAUGGGUCUUGGGAGACUCAUCACUCACCAAAUGGGUCUUGGGAGACUCAUCACUCACCAAAUGGGUCUUGGGAGACUCAUCACUCACCAAAUGGGUCUUGGGAGACUCAUCACUCACCAACUGGGUCUUGGGAGGUAAUAAUAAUUUUAUUGCUAAAGAUCCUUAGAAAACUUACCUGACCUUAUCCAACUAAGUAUAUUUUACAUAAGUUUACAAUAAUUUAAUAAACAGUCACAGUAAAAUAUAUUUUUUUCGUUUGGUUCAGAAUGAUUUUUGUGAUAUUGCAUACACAAAUGUUCGCUUGCCUUAUUCGGCAAGAAGAGCAUUGCUUUUUUUUUAGCAAAAAAUCGCGUUUUACCUAUUCCAGGUGUGUGUGUGUGUGUGUGUGUGUGUGUGUGUGUGUGUGUGUGUGUGUGUGUGUGUGUGUGUGUGUGUGUGUGUGUGUGUGUGUGUGUGUUGCGCACACACACACACACAUUGACUAGAUUAAUAAGAUGUAAAUAAUUUUAGAUUGACUUUCAUUUAAUACAAUUAUUAUUUGGUAUUAAAAUAUCAGUUUACUGACUAUAUUCCUUACUGUAUUAUGUACAGCAGCGCUGUAUGACCCUGGUGGGUUUAGCGCUUAGUUUUUAUUUUAAUUUUCCCGAAAUGCUCAGCAUUAACAAGCGGCUUUCUAUAUAAUAGUAUGUCACUGAUGUCAGCUAGGACUGUAUACAUUGUACUUGUAGUAAAUAAAGCUAUUAUUAUUAUUA